AUGGACUUCUCCAUACCUCCGUAUUUACCUGCUGAAGUACAGGAAAGAUUAAAUGAAAUGAUUAAUGAUUAUAAAGAGGAAAAUUUGACCAAGAAAGGUUAUGAAAUCAAAAGAAAAAGAUUAUUGGAAAAAAAUUCCCAUAUUGGUACCCCAAGUAUUAAAGAAAAGAAGUCUGUCAGUAAUAUACGAAAAAAUACAAUAAGGAUUCCCGGUAGAAAUCAAAGUUUAUCAUCAACUAUGAAUAUUUCCAAAUAUGCAGGAACAAUUCCUGAUAAUGUAUCUAUGGCAUCGUCAAGUCGAUCUCAUCGAGAUACUGGAUCAGACCCUGCAAGUUCAAUCUAUAAAGUUACAACGGUGAAUUCAACCCCCAAUGGAGUCAGUCCACUAAAGCGUCAUGGUAGAAAUUAUUCUACCCAACUUUCAUUAGCAUCCUUUGAUCCGUUGGCCGAAAAUUCUGUAUAUAACCCGAUGAUACCAUUAUUACAAAGAGAUGACAUAAUUAAAACAGAUUUAACGACCAAAUACAAAGAUUACAAUAUAAGAUCUUUAUCACUUCCACAAAUUUUGCGAGGAAGGUUCGAAGUAUUAGGUAAUGAAAAUGCAUUAAUAACGGUGGAUGCAAAAGGAAAAGAGAAUUUUAUAAGUUGGGAUAAAUUGUAUCUUCGAGCUGAAAAAGUUGCCCAUGAAAUGACUAAAAAAAAAUUGUACAAGAAUGAAAAAGUAAUACUGUGGUACAAUAAAGAUGAAAUUAUCGAAUUUUCAGUGGCACUACUAGGUUGUUUCAUUGCUGGGAUGGUAGCAAUUCCUGCAUCCUUUGAAGCAUACACACUGGGAGAGAUAAUGGAAAUUAUAAAAUUAACAAGCUCAAAAUUUAUACUAAUAUCAAAUGAAUGUCACAAACAGGUCAACAAUCUCUAUUCAACAAAUAAUAACACCAAGAUCAAAUUACUUAAGAACGAUUUUUUUGACACCGUAACAUUUUUAAAAACUGAUGAUCUUGGAACGUAUUCAAAGGCAAAAAAAGGUGCACCAACAUUUGAUACCCCAUAUAUCGCGUAUAUUGAAUUUACAAGGACACCCCUCGGCAGACUAUCUGGGGUUAUGAUUAAACACGAAACUCUUCUAAGUCAAUUUAAAGUUCUAUCAGAAAUACUCGAUUCAAGAGCGAUGCCAGAUUGGAAAAAAGUUGACAUUAUUAAGCCUUAUAAUGUGAAACAUAGAUUAACUUCAGUCAACAAACGAAAUCUUUCAAGAUUCACUGUUAUGAAUACACUUGAUCCGACUAGAUCUACGGGUCUAAUAUUUGGAGUUUUGUUUAACAUUUUCACUGGUAACCUAUUAAUCUCUGUUAAUGACCAAUUAAUCAAUAAACCUGGUGGGUAUGAAAAUCUAAUCAAUAAAUACAGAGCUGAUAUCUUACUAAAUGACCAGUUACAACUGAAACAAGUCGUAAUUAACUAUCUAGAGAAUCCAGAAAUCAUCAUGGCUGAAAGGAAGAAAACUAGAAUAGAUUUCAGUUGUAUAAAAUGUUGCUUAACAUCAUGUACCACAAUUGAUACAGAUGUAACCGAAAUGGUCGUCCAUAAAUGGUUGAAGAAUCUGGGCUGUAUUGAUGCACCUUUAGUCUAUUCGCCGAUACUGAGUCUACUGGAUUUUGGUGGUAUUAUUAUAUCCACAAAGGAUCAACUUGGUGGCUUGGAAAAUUUUCCUAUCCAUGAACCCAAACUAAGGCUACACGAUGAACUAUUUAUUAACAGAGAAAAAUUAAAAGAAAAUAUUAUUGAGGCUAGCAUCCCUGCGAUGAUUAAUUCUUCAAGUUCGUUCAAAGAUUACCUAAAAGUUGAAACAUUUGGGUUCCCUAUACCAAAUACCUUGCUAUGUGUUGUUAAUCCUGAUAAUGCAACAUUAGUUCCUGAUCUUACUGUGGGUGAAAUUUGGGUAUCUUCAAUUGACCUGGCAAAUGAAUUUUUCCAACUUGACAAGAUUAACGCAUUUGUUUUUAAUGCAAGAUUGAAUUUUGUUAAAAUGCAAAGUUACGUUUCAAAGAACAAUAGUACAAGUGAAUCACUGUUAAGAAAUGCACCUGAGGAGAAGUUAGAAACAAUCAUGAAUUUAUGUCCGCCAGAGACUCAAUUUAUGAGAACUAAAUUAAUGGGGUUUGUUUUCAAUGGGAAAGUCUUCAUAUUGUCUCUUAUUGAAGAUAUGUUCUUACAGAACAAACUUGUAAGACUAUCAAAUUGGGCACAUACAUCCGACACAUCUAAAUCUAGGAAGGAUUCAAAUCAACACUUAAACAGGAUGUCAAGUAUUUCACCAAGUAUUGCUGAUUCUGGAAAUAGAAGUGUGAUUUCAAGUCCAAAUCAUCCGAAACGAAGUUCAGAUAAACGUGUCGUGCAAACAUAUUAUUUACAACAAAUAUCUGAAACUCUUGUUCGUACUGUCAAUACAGUUUAUGAAGUUGCUGCAUUUGAACUAAAUCACCAUAAGGAAGAGCAUUUUCUAGUGAUGGUAAUCGAAAGUUCUUUAGCAAAAAAGAAAAUUGCAAGCUCAGAACUGGAUCCAUCAAAUGUUGUAACAGUAUACAAACCAGAUAAGGUUUUGGAAAAGAAAAUGAAUGAUCUAAUUGAUCAACUCUAUAGAAUAUUAUGGAUUUUCCACAAGAUUAAACCAAUGUGUAUGUUGGUAGUUCCCAAAGGUACUUUACCGCGGAGAUACUGUUCAUUAGAAAUUGCAAACAGUACUGUGGAGAAGAAAUUUAUUAGUGGUGAACUUGAGGCAAAGUUUAUUAAAUUUCAAAUGGACAAUAUCAUACUAGAUUAUAUUCCUCAUUCAUCCUACUACAACGAGAGUAUAUUUUCUGAACAUUUGUCAAAGUUAAGACAACUUUGCGUUGAAGAAGCGAAUACAACUAAUAAGGUUAUUACCUUACAAGAUUCUGGUAUUGAUUACAGGGAUAUUUCGUAUGAUUCUCGAGAACGAAAGAGAAAACUGACGGACUUUGCGUCUAUUAUGGAUGUUUUAGAAUGGAGGAUUCCUACUUUAAAGAACAAAGCAGCAUUCAGUGAACUCGGUGAAUCAUUCCAUUCAUCCUCAAAGAUGUCAGAUAUGAUGAGUCUUAGAAGUAUAUCAUGGUCUAACUUUGAGGUUAUUGUUGCAUCUUUUCUAAAGAAAAUUGUGUCUUCUAAAACUCCACUAAAAUCUGAAGAUCGAAUCGUCAUUCUUGCGGAUAAUAAUAUCGAUUAUGUUGCAAUAGUUAUGGCAUGUUUCUACUGUAAUUUUGUAGUUAUACCCUUACCCCCAUUAAGUGAGGAAAAUUUGGAAAAAGAUUUGGUCUACCUAACUGAAAUAAUUAAGACCUAUAAGGUAAAAAGAAUAUUUAUUGACAUGAAAGUUCACACCCUGCUGGAUACCAGUCCAAAUAAUAAGAUAUUCAAGAAAUAUAAACAUAUGAUGCCAAAAAUAACGUUGAUUUCAAAAAUUAAAAGAAAACAGGGUCUCUCAAUCAAAAUAUUUAAGAAAAUCCUAUCUGACACAUACCAUUAUAAACCAGGUAAAAAAACAUUAACUGUUCCACGACUUGUUUGGAUAAGCAGAGAAUUUAGUUCCACUAAAGAUAUUCACGUUACCAUGAACCACUCGACUUUAAUGAACGCGUGUAAAGUGUUAAAAGAGACGUUACAGUUGUCUGCGGAUUCAUCAAUAUUUUCUCUUUGUUCUCAUACUAAAGGUUUAGGAUUUAUUUUAAGUUCUUUAAUUGGUAUUUACGUUGGUUCAAUGACCACAUUGUUUAGCCAUGAUAUGGUUAUGGCCAAUCCCAAAUACUUCUUAAUGGAAGUUCAAAAUAAGAAUGUUCGUGACCUAUUCUUAACAUUAGAUAGUUUUACAACACUUAUGGAUAAAGCUUCGAAACUCGUUAACAAUGUAUCCAGAUCUAACACUAAUGCUACAAGACAUCAUAACAAGACUAGUAAAAAGACUAGUCAAACUCAGAUAUCUACAAUAAGAGGAGAUAUGUUCAGAAAUGUGAAAAAUAUUAUGAUCCCUUUCAUCGGACGUCCAGAAUUUAAUAAGAUAGAAAGUAUAUUACUGAGUUCACAAUCUAUAUUUGUCAAGAGAACCCAGAUCAACUACAUAUACCAACACCACUUCAACCCGAUUAUUUCAUUACAUUCGUACCUAGAUGUUCCUCCGGUAGAUUUCUUUGCAGAUCCAACUUCCUUACGUGAAGGAAUGGUAAAAGAAGCUGCACCGGGAUUUCAAGGUUUGCGAUUACAAGAUUCUGGAGUUGUACCAGUAUGUACUAACGUAUCUAUUGUAAACCCAGAAACAUUGCUCCCUUGCUAUGAGGGAGAAAUUGGAGAAAUUUGGUGUUGUUCAGAGGCUAACGUAUUUAACUAUACCAUAUCCAGAGAUGGGAAACUAGUUCGAGAUGAACUAAUAUCUCAACAAUUCAAGAGUAGAAUGACUAAAGGAGCCGAUAAUGGUUUGACAUAUUUAAGAACAGGUGACCUAGGUUUUAUCAGAACUGUGGAAAUUACAAACUCAAACGGCGAUUUGGUAAGACUGAAUUUAUUAUAUGUUUUAGGUAGGAUUAAUGAGACUAUUGAAUUAUUAGGGUUGACACACUUCGUUAGUGAUUUGGAAAGGACAGUUUAUGCAGCCCAUAAUAAUAUCAAAAAUUGUAUUAUAUCGAAGGCUGGUGGGUUGUUAGUGUGCCUUAUAAGAUGUAGACCGAAGUGUUCUGAACUCUAUGCAAAUAUCGCAGCACUUGUUGUGUCGGAGCUAUUGAAUAGGAAUGGUGUCAUUGUUGAUCUCUGUACGUUUGUGAAACCCAAUGGACCAGGGUCAUAUGUAGUUGAUGGUGAAUGGAAGAAAAACCGUUCAUUAAUUAUGAAUCAUUGGUUCAGUCAGAAAUUACUUGUAGAGACGCAAUUCGGUGUCAAUUAUGGUGAAAAUAUAUCUAUGUACCUAUUAUCUGAUUUCAACAAGGAUACCGUUAACUAG